AUGGAUAUUCUUGUUAUGGAAAACCUAUUUUACGAUACAUCUGUAAAGAGAGUUUAUGAUUUGAAGGGAUCAAUGAGAAAUCGAUAUGCAGAGAAAACGGGCAAAGAUGUUGAAGUAUUUUUAGAUGAAAACCUAGUAGAAAGAUUUAACGAAGACUCGGACGAAAUUGUCGUUGGUAUUGUUGACUUCAUUAGAACUUUUACCUGGGACAAAAAGCUCGAAAGCUGGGUUAAAGAAUCUGGUAUGCUUGGCGGCGGCAAAAAAGAUCCUACUAUUGUAUCACCAAGAAUGUACCGCAAACGGUUUAGGUCUGCUAUAGAUCUUUAUUUUUGCAUGAUACCCGAUUUCUGGACGUUGAUCCUUGAUUAA